CCUGCCCAAGUUUGUGAGCAUUGAUUCCCGGUGUGCUUGACGAUCUCCACAUCUUACUCAGGCUCAUUUCUCGCCUGUUCUCCUUCUCCUGAUAAUAUCGGUUUUCAUCAAGUUUUUCAUAAAAUUUUGGAAGUUAUCAAACACCACCAUGGCUGACGAUGGGACGCAGAGGAAGAGGACCUUCCGAAAGUUUACUUUUCGAGGAGUCGAUCUCGACCAAUUGCUUGAUAUGGGGAUGAAACAAUUGACAGAUUUGGUCCAUGCCCGGGCACGAAGGAGGUUUAACCGUGGAGUAAAGAGGAAGAAUCUUGCUCUUUUGAAAAAAUUAAGAAAAGCCAAGAAGGAUGCUCCUCAAAAUGAGAAACCAGAAGCCGUGAAAACGCAUCUCCGAGAUAUGAUCAUCAUUCCAGAGAUGAUCGGAAGCAUUGUGGGUGUGUACAACGGAAAAACCUUCAACCAGGUUGAGGUCAAGCCAGAAAUGGUGGGACACUAUUUGGGAGAAUUUAGCGUAACGUACAAGCCGGUUAAGCACGGACGACCUGGUAUUGGAGCUACACACUCUUCCCGUUUCAUCCCAUUGAAAUGAAGUGUUUUAUUAAUUUUCCAUCUUAAUAAUAAAGCUGUUUCAACAACAUUUGAGUAAAAGGAAUCGUUUGACAAAUUCAAA